UACUCGUCACAAGUCACUGUCUUGAAUCAUUAAUCUAUAUUUUUCACUAUACUUUAAAAUUUUGUUACUCUGUCAUAAAUGUGGCCCUUUUACAAAUGUUAUUUAAUUUUACAAUUUAAUUUUAAAUUGUAAUACAAUGAAUUAGUACGUAUAUUUAUUCCAACAAGUGAGUUAAGUUAUUUGAAUUAUUAAGUACUUCGGAACAUAAAGUCUAGAAGAAUGAACGAUCUGCCAGAAAAUAGCAGCAAUACUGCUGGUUCAGAUUUGGACACCUUGGAUUAUUUGCGUGGUGUAAAGUCAUCAACAUGUCUUUUACUGCCAACAACCCCUAGUCCCACUCCUUUGGAUUUCAAACACCCACUGUCAGAGGAAAUGAGUGAGCGACCGUUUUUACCAUUAAGCGACGACGCCAAUAGUGCGACUUUGCAAAAUGCAGAUACAUUAGGUGGAGACUCUAGUUCAUCUGCUGAUUCCAACUCAGUUGUUCAAGAUCCUGUAAGUGCUCAACUUAUCAAUAAUAUCAGUAUGCUGGAUUAUCAGACCCUUAGCAAGAAUGUUGAUCUGAUGAUGGGACCGGCUGAAGAUUGUAAACUCAAUGGAAAUCUCAAUAUCAGCAACAGGAAAUUACCCGACUUUGUUAACUGGAAUUGGGGAAUAAUUAGGAAAGUGCUUCUGUGGGUUGUUCUUUCAGCUUUAGUGGCAUGUUUAGGGGCUAUUAUAGCAAUGGUUGUUACUAUCCCAAGAGUAUGUAACCCAGAUCUUCCCUGGUAUCAAGGAAAGGUAUUUUAUGAAAUAUUUCCAGCUAGUUUUAAGGAUUCAAAUAAUGAUGGUAUUGGAGACCUUAAGGGGCUCAUUAAGAAACUUGAUUAUAUUCAAAACCUAGGUGUUUCGGCAAUUCGUUUAAAUUCUGUAUUUGAGGCUCAAAAUUAUCCAGAACAAUAUUACAAUGUAACUUCUUUGAUGAAUAUUGACAGAAGUAUUGGUACAAUAGAUGAUUUUAAAGAUUUGGUAACAGAUAUACAUAAAAGGAACAUGUCAAUAAUUCUUGACUUACCAGUGGCAUCAAUGAUCACGUCUGAUACGCCAUUUAAUUCUUCCCAACCAUAUUUGUUUACAAACAAUACACUGGUUGGAGUUUCAGAUGUAACAACAACUGCAAUUGUUUAUUGGGCCCACAUUAAAAAUGUUGAUGGAUUUUAUUUAAAAAAAUUGGAUCGUUUUGUUGAUGAUCCCAAUUUUGGCAAAUCUUUACAAUUUUGGAAGCAAAUUAUAGGUUAUAAUAAGAUAUUUAUUGCAAGCGAAGAAACUUUGCAAAAAGCCAAUGGUAAUUCUCUUAACAUUUUGUUGUCAAGAAUUGAUCUUAUUGAUAUUCAUUUAGAUUUACGUCAUGGUAUAAAUGGCUUAAAAAAUCGUAUAGAUGAAGUUAUAACAGGCUCACUUUGGACAAAACCUCAUUAUCCAUGGGUUCAUUGGAAUAUUGGCAACAUAUAUAAUGAGAGAAUCUCUACAAAACAUUUAAAUAAUACGUUAGCACUAACUGUUUUAGAAUUUGUUUUGCCUGGUACUGUUAGUAUAUUUUAUGGAGACGAGAUAGGUUUGGGUGGUUUGCAGGAAGUGGAAAAAGAUUUCCAUGAGCAUAAAGAUACACAUAAUUUAGUGAUGAUGAAUUUUUCAGAUAGUGGUAAAAAUGAAAAUGUUGGAAUAUUACCGUGGAAUUCUCAGUCUCUUUUACAACCUAGAUAUCAUUACAUAGACAUUAUAAAAAGUUUAUCAAAGGUUAGAAUGAGUACUCCUACAAUAUACUUGAGAGCAAUUUACAAAGAUGGCAACAUAUUAAAAAAUAUUGGGAUACGAAAAACCGAAGAAAAUUUAGUUGUGAUAGAACGAUGGUAUCCUCGAAGGAAUACAUGUGUAUUUGUCGGUAAUUUGGGAAAUACGUCCAUUACGACAGAUCUGUCUACGAUGUUCUAUGGUGGCACAGUAGUUUCUGGUACUAAUGCUUCUCUCGUAGGACAAACAUUGUACUUCGAUGAAGUAACAUUUCCUCCGAAUUCAGCUAUAAUAUUGAAACUAGAAAAGUGAAAUACAGAAUUAUAAAUAUAGGCAUAUAAUGCUACUGAUGAUUACUAUAUUUUUUAAAAGUAUUAAUACUGAAUUUUACGAGUUAAACAUAAUGAGAGGACUAUAGAUAUACAAUCUAUGAUUAACCAGUUUAUUAGAGACGUGGUCGACGAGCUAAGUGCACGGCAACUCGACGAUUGUGAGCGACCAAUGCGUGUAUGGUAUAAUUUUUUUUAGUAUCAACCACAAUUCGCAUUCGGAUUCGAAUGAUGCCAUUAUAUGAGCAAAUGUCUUUUUCAUAUCAUCCUAGUUCCUUGAUGCAGAAUCCAGGUAUUUUUAUUACUUUUUUUUAAUUUUAUGUUUAAUAAUGUUAAGUUUCAAUGAUAUUCAUAAUUCAGAAUCUCUAUAAAUGUUAAUGUAUUAUAGUUCCUAAGUUAGUGAUCUGAAAAAGGAAAAAAAAUAUUUGGAAAAAGUGCUUGUGUGUGUACCUACUUACAAUUUUUAUUAUUAUUUAAGCUUUGGUUUAUUUAAUAUUUAAGUAUUAAUCAUUAACAAAGUUCCUUCACCUAGUACUUAUACCAAAGAUUUAUAUGUACUUAUAAUUGAAAGGAAUAUAGAAAAACAAAAUGGAUACAAUCAUUAAAAUUUAAUAUACAUUUG